UUUUAUCCUCAACGCGGAAGUAAUUAAACGAUCCUCGCAGACAGUCCAUGGCGGAUCAGCAUGAGUCCAUCGACCUGGGCUCACCUCCCCUGGGCCCUGAGGCAGAGACAGGCUGGUUCCCUGGUCCUCCUCCACCCCUCUAUGUCUGCACUCUCACCCCAGCUCUGGAGGCCAAAGCCAGGGACGAACUCCAAGAGAAACCAGAGUGGAGGCUCCGAGAUGUCCAGGCUCUCAGAGAUAUGAUCCUCAAGGAGCAGCCAAACCUUCGAACGCGUCUUGAUGAUGCGUUUCUUCUGCGUUUUCUUCGGGCACGUAAGUUCGACUACGACCGCGCACUGCAGCUGCUCCUGAAGUACCAGGCCGGGAGGAAGGCCUGGCCUGAGGUGUUCAAGGACCUGAAGCCAUCAUCGGUGAAGCACGUUCUGGAGCUCGGCUUUCUCACAGUGCUGCCCAAACCAGACCCACACGGACGCUACAUCCUCUGCCUCAGACCAGGGAAAUGGACGCCCAAUGACUACCCAUUUGUGGAUAACGUUCGUGCUCUGUACCUGACUCUGGAGAAGCUGAUCCAGCCCGAAGAGGCCCAGGUGAAUGGGAUCGUGAUCCUGGCCGACUACAGUGGAGUCGGAAUGUCGCAGGCCUCCAACCCGGGGCCUUUCCUCGCCAAGAAGGUCGUCAGCAUCCUGCAGGACGGCUUUCCAAUCAGAAUCAAAGCUGUAAACAUCAUCAAUGAGCCCAGAAUCUUUAAAGGAAUCUUUGCGAUAAUUAAACCUUUUCUGAAAGAGAAGAUGGCCGAGAGAUACGUCCUGCACGGCUCAGACCUGCACUCGCUGCACAGACAGAUCCCUCGCUCAGUGCUGCCCCCAGAGUAUGGAGGCACUGCUGUAGACCUGGACCUGGGGGCUUGGUCCAGACUCCUCCUGGACUGUGAGGAGGAGUUCAUCGUGGAGUUCUGUCAGCCCGACCCACUAGAGGGCAUCGUGCUUCCAGACUCCAUGUUGUUUGAAGGAGAAGGGGCCAGUGGAUACGAGGAGGACAGCUUCAGGGCCCUGCGCUCACAACUGUACUACUGCUACUGACAUACGCCAUAGAGGGAGUAUCUGUGUGUGUGAGAAUAACUUGAAUUCUAAGUUUUACAAAGUUGUAAAGUGUGAUGUCACUUCCAGGUCCAUCAGCUGAUUGACAAUGAACAUGUUUACAGUUUCCUCUUUUUUUUUAGCGACAGUCGUUUUAAGCUCACAAGGUUAUGAACAUGGAUCUAUGGUUAUAAUUGUGGCAAAGUGUACAAAGGAGGUUGUGGUAUGAAGCUAGGCCAGGCUAAGCUAACGUUAGCAGUGACCGGCAGUUAGUGAGAUAUACACACUGGUAAUCUGUGUUAUACUGUCUUAUUACGACAUUAUUUACAUAUUUGAUAGUUUGUAGUUAAACUCUUUUGAAAAGUAACUGAAAAGUAACAAAACAACUCUAGUAAUCAGCUGUGAAGUUUCAGUGAAGUGACAUCAUCACUUCACAUUUCUAUAGGCUGCGUUCACGUGACUUCACAAUAUUGUAGAAUCUCUAUUGAUACUUUGCUGUGACAUCAUGCUGGGGGGGACAGCAUGCAUUUCUGUGGAAAAAGUUUCAGCAGUUACCGUGGUGACAAGAUGCACACAUUAGCAAACAUGUCCACAUAAAAAAAAU